UUUUAAUUCUAGUUGAUUUUUCGUUAUGUUUUCUGGUGAAGCCCAUUUAUAUUGGUAUCGAAAUUACAACCCUGAUAAUUAUUAUAGAGAACGGCAAUUCUACGAUGAUGGGGAGAAAUAUAUUCUUGAGAAGCUCAGCAAAUUUCUUGACACGCUUGGAAAAUUCGUAAUACUGCAAGGGUAAAGAAGGCACCAACAAAAAAUACAUUUUAUCGGUAUGAAAAGAUGAUGGCAAAAUAUUGAUAGUUACAGAAGAGUGCUUUAAAAAAAAACUAUUAUGAACGACAAAAUGGAAGAUCUACUAAAACUAGACUCAACUUCAACAGAAGAGAAUAAAGAGGAUGAGGUUGAACUCGAAGCAGUUGAUGUGGGUGAUAAGGAAGAAGUUAAAAACAAUGCAGACCAUGAAUUUUUCUAUCCAUUUCCGCUAAUAAUGAGGGAAAAUCAAAUGGGAAUGACCAUCACCUCAGGUAGUGUCACUAUCGUGAAGGAUGCGAACAAUCUCAUUGGCAUAAGCAUUGGUGGCGGUUAUCCCUUAUGUCCAUGUCUGUACAUAGUCCAAAUUUUCGACAACACAGCUGCAAGUCGCGAUGGCACUCUUCAAUCUGGGGAUGAAUUGGUCUCUGUCAAUGGACAAAGCGUCAAGGGAAAGAGCAAAACUGAAGUCGCCAAGAUGAUACAAGCUGCUAAGGAAGAGGUUACAAUCAACUACAACAAAUUACAUGCGGAUCCCAAACAGGGUAAAAGUCUCGACAUUAUUUUGAAGAAGAUGAAGCAUAGGUUAGUUGAAAAUAUGAGUUCGUCCACUGCUGACGCUCUGGGACUCUCUAGGGCGAUUCUGUGCAACGACACCCUUGUCAAAAAGAUGCAGGAGCUGCAGGACACGGAGUUGAUGUACAAGGGUUUGGUUGAACAUUGCAAAGGUUUGAUAGUGGCUCAUCUGGAGUUGAGUCAAACAAUGAAAGCUAUCGGUGACGUUUUCGGAGAAAUAGCAUCUCGUGAACCCCAGCAAAGAGCGAGUGAGGCUUUCCGGGUAUUCGGAGAGCAGCACAGACAAAUGGAGGCAGCUAGCGUUAAGAUUCUCAAAGAAAUAAAACCUGUCAUCAAAGACAUGGGUACCUAUCUUUACAAGGCGAUUCCAGACACCAGGUUGACAGUCAAGAAGUAUGCAGAUGCCAAAUUCGAGUAUCUCGCCUAUUGCUUGAAGGUGAAAGAAAUGGAUGAUGAGGAAUGCAGCUAUGCGGCUCUACAAGAACCUUUGUAUAGAGUGGAGACUGGAAAUUAUGAAUACAGACUCAUACUGAGAUGUAGACAGAUGGCUCGAGCGAAAUUCGCCAAGCUUCGAUCGGAUGUGCUGGUGAAAAUGGAACUUUUGGACAGCAAGCAUGUGCAAUCUCUGGGUGGUCAUCUUUCUAAACUGAUCAAAGGACUGGCGCAAAUUCAUUCCAACCAAGCAGAGGUGAUGUCGGGGCCUUGUCUGUUUCCAGUUGAAGUGGAUCUCACGAACAAUGCCUUCCAAUACAAAUCGACAACCCCACUCACACAGGAGAACGAAGAUGACGACGACGAGCUGUGCAUAGAGAACGGUGAAGAAAUAAACGAAAUCGGCGACCAAAAUUUAAUCAGUGACCUUCUGAACUUAUCCUGCGAAUCGGACACCAAUUUUUCCGUCCCCAACGACGAGACGAACGAGAAGAAUUUGAUGCAGAAAGAACCCAAUUACGAUGCAAUGGAUAAUUUAACAUUAUUGUCAACGUUGAAUAUCCAGGAUCGCAGUCCUGUUUGCUCCCAAUCAGAAAACGCGUUGAUACCCAAUUUAGACUAAUGGAGAAGAAUUAAUUUGAAUUUAUUGUAUUCCUCAAUCGAAAUAUAGUGCUAAUUUUGU